AUGUCAUACACUAAGGCAGUGAGAAAUGUGUCCGAGCCAGUUCGGGAGCGGGAAACCUUCAAAUAUGAUCCAACCUUGAUUGACGACGUCAAAUUCAAUGAGACCGGUAAUCCAUUGCCGGGUGAGCAGCUGUUCACAGCAGAAGACGCCGUCCUGACUUGCCUUGCACAGCUAGGUGCCUGCCGAACUAGAACCGGGCGGUCUCUGGUAUCAUUAUUCGACCAGAGAUGGCAGUACAUUGUCGCAGAGGCAACACCGAGCCUGCCCUUGCUUUCUGGCGUCAACCAAGACCAUCUUCAGGGCGAGAAUUUGUGGUUGUCAGGGACAGCCAUUCCACGGGGCCACGGAGUAUGCAACCACUCUCUGGUCGAUCCUGGAUCGGAAGAUGAUCCUGAUUCUGAGCUGCCACUCACGCUUUCAGCCGACCUAACGAGUGAUCCACGUUUCUGCAAAAGUCCCUUUUGCGCGCCAGGUUCUCUUGCUCGCUUUUAUGCUGCUGUCCCAAUUCGAACGUCAGGCGGAAUCAAUAUCGGCGUUUACUGUGUAUUACAUGACGAACCGAGGCCCACUUCUACCUGGACUGACACCGAUACCGAGAUACUCCGCAGCAUAUCGCGCUCCAUAAUGAGCCAUCUAGAAUACAGGUCGAAGAGAGAUAGCCACCAGAAAAGCGAGCGUAUGACUCGAGGCAUCAUUUCCUUUAUGGAAGCAAUCACAAGUGAAUCCAUCUCGCCCUCGGUUCCUAGAUUUGGCUUUGCCCAAAAGCAGCCUAAAGAUGAGAAUUCUUCAACCCCAGUUCUGUCGACAUUGCAGGGCGGCCAAUGUCCUGUGGACAUUGAGUUUACCACUGCUCCACCAUCAGACUCUAUUACACAAGGCGGUGCUGCUAUACCUUCAAUGGUGCAAACGUUGGAUAGAGAUGAUGAGUCGCGGAUGGGCGGGAAAAGGCCUGAGCUGCGCUCGCAUGUUUCCCAUGCGUCGUCUUCAUCUUCGAAGCAAUCUUUGCAGCAGGACUCUCAGAGCGACUCACACACAGCCACUAGACGCAUCCUCACUCGCGCAGCCAAUGAAUUGCGAGAGGCAAUCGACACAGACGGAGUGGUUUUCGUGGAUGCCAGCGCUACGAGUUUCGGUGCUUUGGCCGAAUCAUCUCCAAGUCGCGAAAAUACCAGUGCCGAUGCUGCAACGAAUUCGAAUUGCAAGGACAGUGAUGUCAUCUCUCCUAUCUUGGGAUUCUCUACUCCAAAAUCGAGAAGACGCAACGUCAUAUCAAAUUUAGCAAAGAAUGUUCAGAUUCCCGCCAAAAUCCUGUACACGUUGUUUCGCCGGUAUCCCACAGGAGCAAUCUUCACCUACGAUGAGAAUGGGGCAUUGCAACACUGUGACUCUUCGGAAGACACCGAACAUUCUCGACAGUCGCAAACGGACAGUACAAUCUGUCACAGGUACACUGAGGCACAAACUUUAUCGAAGUUUUUCCCAGGAGCACGUAGCGUUGUGUUUGUACCAAUACGUGAUGACCAGAAAGAGCGAUGGUUUGCUGGAGGGUUCUCAUACACUUUGACUCCAACUCAUAUCAUGUCUAAGUCAGGUGAAUUGAGCUAUCUCCGAGCUUUCUCUACCCUAGUUAUGGCUGCGGUUCACCGCACGCAUAUUACCUUCGCCCAUAAGGCUAAAUCAGAUGUUUUGAAUUCUUUAUCGCACGAGUUGCGGUCUCCACUGCACGGUGUUAUUGUCAGCACAGAGCUCCUUGCCGAUACGUCUCUUGACGUUUUCCAAGGCAAUGUUCUACACACGCUGGAGACAUGUGGUCGAACUCUCCUCGAUACUAUCGAUCAUUUGCUGGAUUUCUCUAACAUCAGUAACUACCUUAAUGCUGUGGAAGCGGAGAAGCGGAGUCGUGGCAAUCUGAAAAACAAAACCACUUCAAUUGAAACAGGCAUGAAAAGCUUAUAUGGCGAUAUUAGCCUGGAUCAUCUUGUUGAGGAGGUCACUGAAAGUGUCUUUGCUGGACACUGCUUUCAACAUAUGUCUGUAGCGCAGCUUGCGCGCCGGGAUAACCAACACGCAGAUGCCCGUGCGAACAGUCAAGCAGAUUUCUCGCGAGCCACAGCGGAUAUGGUCCUAUUUCAGCACGAUGAUGGACUGUCGCAGUUACCACUGGCAAAUGUUUCUAUUUACCUUAAUUUGGAUGCCAAUGUGUCGUCCUACAGAUUCUUCUCAAUGGCAGGUGCAAUUAGCAGGAUCGUAAUGAACCUGCUCGGAAAUGCUCUUAAGUAUACACAGAAGGGUACAAUCUGUGUCUCAUUGGCAAUAGAUCCCGAGUCCAAGAAAACCCUACACAAUGGGCAGAAAAUGGUGCGACUUACAGUUGCGGACACUGGCAUGGGGAUGAGUCACGAAUUUCUGCAGAACGAGCUUUACAAACCAUUUCGUCAAGCCGAUCAACUAUCACCGGGUAUUGGGCUGGGCCUCAGCCUGGUUAAGAAGAUUGUCUCGUCACUCGCUGGGAGUAUCUCUAUUGAAAGUGAGCUCAAUGUUGGCACUGUGGCCACAGUACUAUUACCGCUCCUCCCGACUUCAUUAUCGGCGACGGAGGAUCCCACGGAACAGUUCGAGCGAGGAGAGUUGAUUAGCCACAGACAAGGACUAGAAGGUCUUCGAAUUCGCCUCAUUGGCUUUGAUACAAGUAAGGGAAUAGCGGGCAGCGUUCCGGCUGGAAAAGACUUGCCCAUCAAGGAAAUAUGUCGAGAUUGGUUACAUAUGGAAAUCAUAUCCCAGUCUCAGAGCAAUCGGAUCCUGCCCGACCUGGUCUUGUGUUCGGAUACGGCAUUGGAGAAAUCACAUCACAUCACCGCUCUGUCUACUGGUCUUCCUGUCGUCGUCGUAUGCGCCAACGCUCUUGCCGCAUAUCGCAUGUCUGCACGCAACAAAGCUGCGACCUCGACCAGUAUCUGCGAAUUCAUCUCACAACCUGUUGGCCCUCUUAAGCUCACGAGAAUCUUGUCACAUACAUUCAGGCGCUGGGCAGAUCGACAAGAUUUUACGGCCUCCUUUGCGACUACGUCUCUGCGACCGGACUACGAUGUCCUUUCUGAAACCCCCAGUCCACUCUGUACUGCUGCAACCACUCUCAGAAGUUCAUCGGUCCAAAGUCCUGUCACAGACGGGACCAAUCUUUCAGAAUGGCUACCAAAUACUGCGACUGCAAGCGCAACUUCUCAAACGUCCGAAACAAACCCCUCAUCUUCCAAAGUUCCAUCAUCUCUUGCUUCUACUACAUCGGUGCCUACAGAUAAUGAUAUAGGAAAGACGACUACCGCAGCUUCAGAAGAGAAUUUAUCAGAAUUUCUCCUGGUUGACGACAAUCCCAUCAAUCUCCGAAUCCUCUGCAUGUUCAUGAAGAAACUUGGGCGUAAUUACAUUACUGCCGUAGAUGGACAAGACGCAGUCGACAAAUUCAAACAAUAUCCAGGCUCUUUCAAGUAUGUUUUCAUAGAUAUUAGCAUGCCCCGCUUAAACGGCAUGGAGGCGACGCGACAAAUUCGCGCAUUUGAGCGCGACCAGCAUCUAGACUCCGCGGCAGUUUUCGCUUUGUCUGGCUUGGCUUCGGCCGACGUGCAGCAAGAGGCGUUUAGUAGCGGGAUUGACUUGUUCUUAACAAAGCCAGUCAAAUUGAAGGAGCUUAGUCUCAUCCUAACGAACAUGGGCGAAUCAAUACCAACGGGCCAAACAAAGCAAUGA